GCCAUUGAAUACAAAUGAGGUCAUGGAUUCACCACCAGGCAAAGACUUUCAACCAGUUUUCCACAGCAAACCCUGACUGGGAGAAGAAGAAAAAAAAGAAAACUCGCCCACUAAAUGAAUCCAAUGAAGAAAGGGAAAAUGACACCGAGAGGUUUGUUGUGGAUACGUUCAGUUUAAAAGUGGAACGUUAGAGGAAAAGAAACAGUGAACCCGGGUCUUUAUAUUCUGGACUAAUUUGGCCUGUUUUAUAUGGAUUCCAGCAUUGCUUCACCCCUGAUGUUUGCCAGAUAAACUCUGAGUUUCUGUUUCAGUGUUACAGCACUGCACAGAGCUGGGAUUUAGUCAAGCCAAAAGCUGAUCACCAAUCUAGGAGCUAAAGAGAGCCGCUGAGCACCACUAAGCACUAACAAGCUCCUGGCAGCCACUUUCAACAUUCACUUCACUGACACCACAGAAAUGCUUUGGGAGCGCAAAACCUUCUUCUUCUGUGUUUUGUCGAUCUACAUCACAUCACUGGUGGUGGCUUCAGAUGAAAGGCAGCAAGAUCAUCACUGUGCUGAUCUCAACAACAUCACAUGGCGGGAGUACCAGCAGCAAAGAGUCAGAGUGAAUGUCCAGUAUCUGCUGCUGACCAGGAAAAACAUGGACUGUCCACAAGCAUUCAAUGAGAUGUCCCUCACCAUGGAGAACUCCUACUUCAACCCCUUGCGUCCUACAAAGGUGAUCAUCCACGGGUACAGGGCCCGGGGGACUAAGCCCUCCUGGAUGAAGAAGUUAGGCCAGGCGCUUUUAAGCUCUCAAGAUGUGAAUGUGGUGGUGGUGGACUGGGUCCGCAGUGCGUCCUUUGCCUACAACCUGGUGGUAGAGAUCUACAGAGAGGUGGCCAUACAGAUUUCUGUCCUCAUCAAUCAGCUGGAGAAUCAUGGCUGCAGACUCGAAUCCUUCCACUUUAUCGGGGUCAGUCUCGGGGCACAUGUCGCUGGUUUUGUGGGAACUUUGUUCGAAGGGAAAAUCGGAAGAAUCACAGGCCUGGACCCUGCUGGACCCAUGUUUAAAGGAGCGGACACCUAUAGCCGGUUGGACCCUUCUGACGCUCAGUUUGUGGAUGCCAUCCACACCGAUUCUGACUAUUUUGGCAUCUCCAUCCCUGUUGGCCAUGUGGACUUCUUUCUGAAUGGAGGGAAGGACCAGAUUGGAUGUGGUCGCUCCAGGUUUGACUCAAGUUUUUUGUAUUUUUUAGUGUACAGUUAUGUGAUAUGUGACCACAUGAGGGCGCUGGACGUCUACAUCAGCGCGCUGAACAGCUCGUGCCCGUUAAUGGGGAUCCCGUGCUCCAACUAUGAGGACUUCCUGAACGGACGCUGUAUGGACUGCCACGUCUUCAGGGGGAAAUGUCCAGUAAUAGGUUUAUCAGAAAACAGUGGGAUAUCUAUAUCUCCCAUUCCCAAAGAGCAGAAACUAUUCCUCCUCACAACUUCUUCACAGCCAUAUUGUGCUCACCACAUCCUGGUGGAGUUAGAAGUUUCUAAACUGGAUAAGAGUGCUGAGAUUGAAGUGACUCUGACAGAUGAAACCCUGGAAACAAAGCAGAUCCUCAGGCUUCAGACAGAUACAACAGUGUACAGGACGGUGAUGGCUCACUCUACCCCCCGGUGUGAAAUCAACUCCAUCAGGCUGACAAACACAGGAGCUCGCUUCUACAGACAGGGAGAGAUCCACGUCAAGUCUGUCUGUGUGACUGAGUUUCCCGCUCUCAGGCGCAAAGAUCCUCUGUGUGUGAACAACAUCAACAUCAGACGGGGAGCUCCGUGGUCCCACGACCUUGUGCAGUUGUGUGACUUCUAAAGAGAAAGAUCUCCUCGACAACAAUUGAAAAGUGCAUAGUGUGCAGCAAUGUGGCUUAUGAAGAUACUAACACUGAGAUGGUUUCACAUUUUUAUACCUUGUUUAAUUUUGAGAAAAUAUCAUUGGAGUUCAACCUCAGGGGGCAGAGCCAAAGACUCACAUUUAAUUCAGAAGAAGCAGCCUUUCCCUGAACUUCUAAGUGACAUAAUGCUGUUCAGGCACUUUUGCUAAUCGUUAGAUUUUCUAACAUCAUGACUAAAA